UCAUCGAAGAAGAAGAUGAAGAUGAGCCCCGAGUCGGAAUUCCGCGUUUGAUGACUGUUCAAAUCGAUUUUUCCAUGUCGGACACUCGAUUUUUUUCUCAGUUCCCAGUUGUUUGAACGGACUGAUGUCGAGAUCUCCAAAUUCCCCGUUUCGAGUUCCUAGCGUAUUUCAUCGCAGCUGUCGGGAAUGUCAGAUGUUGUCAUAGCUAGUUUUGAAUGUUGAUUCAUAAUUCCACAUAAGAUUGAAAGGUUAAAUUAUAAAAGAUGCCGAGGGUCCCAGCAGUCCUUGAAUAUGAAACACUGACCGAGUGUAAAUACAGCUUCCCUGUUGAGGUUGUCAGUGAUAUCAAGAAUGUUACAGCGACUUAUGGAGACCUGCGUAUGUAUGUGGACUUCUACUGUUUCCCCAAUAAGGAAAAGAAGAAGUUAGUUUAUUUGGCUGGUACUAUUCCAGUUCCACAUGACGCAGGUAACACAUAUAAUAUCCCAGUGUGCAUCUGGCUCCACGAGACUCACCCCCAGAGCCGGCCGCGGUGCUACGUGUGUCCCUCCAUCUCCAUGUUGAUCAACCCCAGGUGCCCAUAUGUUGAGGCCAGUGGGCAGGUGCUCCUCGACUGCCUCAACAACUGGAAGAGCGGGCUGGCCAACCUGUCAUUGCUCGUCUCAGAAAUGAGGUCUGCAUUUCAAAAGGAAACGCCCCUCUUUGCCAUGCACCCAAUCAGAGUUCAGAUGCUACCUACUGCAGCGCACUCCAGUGCAUAUGCAGAGUCUUCGGACCCUGGCAGCUGGCCUCAACCAAGCAGCUCUACCCCGAGAGCCAGGCGCUCCUCAAUGUCCCCCACGCCACUACCUAGAGCAAUAGUUCCGCCCAAGAGUUUAAAGUCCAGCCAAUCGGGGCCUCUCAGAGAGUCUGCGACUGGUGUGAGGCGGUCCUACACAGAGGAGCUACUGGAUAUGGGGAUAAACUUUGGAGUGCCAGGUGGAGUCCAGUUUCCAUUCUCCUCCACCAACCCCUUCAUCACUACUGCCUCUGCGCCAAAUAACACUCCUGUUAGUUCUGAGGACAUGAACAACCUAUUCAAGAGCCUACAGCUGGAAAAUGUUGUCAAUGUGUACCAGCUUGGUACUAAAGAAAGAGGACAGAUGCAAGGUGAUGGAGGUGAUCGAGGUGGUGGUGACUACCCCCCAAUCCCCACUGCAGUCACGCCCCUAGUGGACAACCAGCAUCGUAUCCUGGUGAGCCAGCUGCCACCGGACCAGUCCCCCAGCCGUGUGAAGAACAAGCUCACCCUCUACUUCCAGCGCAGGAGCAACGGUGGGGGAGAGGUGCUGGAUGUGACCUACCCUUACCCCCCGACCCAGCACGACCAGGCCCUGGUCAGCUUCCGCAGUCCCAGAGAUGCAGAGCAGGUGCUCUUACAGGCAGACCGAAUCUUUACUGUGAAUGAGCGGCCUUUCCGUAUACAGCUCAAGAGGGUCAACAGUGCUCAGAUUACGGUGCCUCCCGGUGUCUCCGGUGACAAGGCGGCCAUCUUCCAUAGCCUGCUGUCACUUGAGGGGCGGAGCUUCAGCCAGGCCGACGUGGAGGAGGCGGUACAGUCGUGCCGGGACCUUCCCUCGGCCCUCAAGUACCUGUCCCAUGAGUGCCCCAUCUGCCGCGAGCAGGUGUCCUUCAGCAAGAUCAUCACUAUGACCCAUUGCCUGUGUGCCUUCUGCGAGAGCUGCUUCAAGGCCUACUUCUCCCAGGCCAUCAAGGAGAAGAGCAUCGUCCAUGUGGUGUGUCCCAUGUGUGGCCAGCCCGACGUGCGUCAGAGCCAGGGAGGCGUGGAGGAGGCCUUGGACUACUUCAGCCUUCUGGACACACAGAUCAGGCACUACCUAGAUCCUCAGAUCCACGAGUUGUUCCAGAGGAAGCUGAGAGACCGAGCCUUGCAGGAGAUGCCUAACUUCCGCUGGUGUGCCCACUGCUCCUUUGGCCUUCUACACGAGGCUGACCAGCUGAGAAUGGACUGUCCUAGUUGUAGGAAGAGCACCUGCUCCCAAUGCAAGACUGCAUGGGCUCCACAACACCAGGGUCUUUCCUGUGAGAAGUUCAGAGAGUGGCAACUCCACAAUAACCCAGAGUACCAGACCGCAAAACUGGAGAAUCUCCUCAGCAGGAAUAAAAUAGAAUGUCCAAAAUGCAAGUUUGUGUUCUACCUUUCCAAGGGAGGCUGUCUCCAUUUCAAAUGCACCCAAUGCCAGCACGAGUUCUGUGGCGGCUGUAAUAGGCCCUUCAAAUUAGGCGUGGGGUGUGACUUCUCAGCUGAGUGUGGGUCCAAGGGGUUACACGCCCACCACCCCAGGGACUGCCUGUACCACCUGAGGGACUGGAACGUGCCCAGACUACACAGGCUGCUUCAGCUUUACGGAGUGUCCCUCGCUGGCAUGGUCAAAUCCAAAGUGGGCUCUACAGGAACAAACUCACAAGGUGUGUGUGCAGUACUGGAGCACAGAGAGAUUGGUGGAGACGGGCCUUGUGGUCUACCAACUCUCCCAGAGUACAGUGGCUACUGCAUCUUACACUAUAAAGAGUGUCUAGUGGAGCUGAUUAACCGGAGUCAUGCGGAUCCAGCCGUUCUGUUCGAUGUGGCCGAGAUGUUGGCCGAGUUAAAGCGGUGGCACAUUCCUGUUCCACAGAAGAACCUUCAGGAUCCUGAGGCACUCUAUGUACAGCACCUUAGACAGACCCUGACUAGGAAGGUUAGCCUGAGGGACAACAAGCUACCCCCUGUGAAGGUGAAAGAUGACCUUUGCCCCCUACCCUCAUCGAGCGCUGCGGGACCACGCUGGUCUUCUGCUCAGAGAAACACACCAACCCGCUUCCAUGACGACUCCCAAUUGCUGCUCUUGCUCAACGACUAAGGCUAUGUAAAAUACUUGGCCUCACCUGGGCUGGGUUCCUUAGGGCACAUGAUGGCAAAUGCUUUUACAUGUUUUGCAACAGAAAAAAAUUUGAUUCUUAAUGGAUAAGGCCAGGUUCCUCGCGUCAGUCCGUUUUCUUCCGUUUGGUGCCUAGUGAAUACUACCCAGGCUUGUGUUAAGUAGGGAGAAAACAUUUUUAAAUUAAGUGAAACUGGGGAAGGGACUACCCGGUCUUGUCCAAUGAGAGAAACACUUUUGUUUUCCGUUGCAAUUUUUUGUUGUUGCGUGUCCUAAUAAACAUGAUCCAGGGGUAAUAUUUAACUUCAACCCUCUGUCAUAAUGGCUAUGUAACACUGGCCUAAUAAUGACAUAGAAAUAGCACCAUAAACCGUCCAUAGAAGGCAAGGUAAAUUGGUCCUUAGUGGAGCUGUGUUGCACACUGCUGCUCUAGAUCUAGCUAUGCUGUGGCCAGGAUUCAAUCAAAAGUGCAUUGAGAUCACGGUAAACGCAGUGGAUGUCAACUCGAGCGUAAAGUGCAGUGCACUUUUGAUUUGAAAUAACUACCGGAUCUGGUACAUUAAGAUUUUGUUUUCAUGUUAUUUUAAUUUGUUUGACGUUUAUUCUUAAUAAACAUUUAGAUACAAAAAUAUAAACGCAACAUGCAACAAUAUCAAAGAUUCUAUUGAGUUACACUUAAUAUAAUGUAAUCAGUCAAUUUAAAUAAUUAUGUUAGUUCCUAAUCUAUGGAUUUCACAUGACUGGGAAUACAGAUAUGCAUCGGUUGGUCAUAGAUACCGUAAAAAAGUGUGGAUCAGGAAAAACAGCUAGUGGAUCAGAAAACCAUUCAGUAUCCGGUGUGAGUUGAUCAGGCUGUCUCGCUCCUCUUCAAUGGCUGUGCGAAGUUGCUGGAUAUUGGCGGGAACUGGAACACGCUGUUGUGUACAUGUCAAUCCAGAGCAUCCCAAACAUGCUCGGUGAGUAUGCAGGCCAUGGAAGAACUGUGCAUUAUCAUGCUGAAAUGUGAGGUAAUUGUGGUGCCAUUCUUCCGCCACCAUGAGCCUCAGGUUCUGAUCAGGGUAUAUCUGUGCGUUCAAAUUGCCAUUGAUUAAAAAGCAAUUGUGUUCGUUGUCCGCAGCAUAUGCCUGCCCAUACCAUAACCCCACCACCACCAUGGGGCACUCUGUUCACAAUGUUGACACCAAACCUCUCAACCACAUGAAGAGCAGUAUGCCAGUGGCCAUCGACGGUGAGGAUUGCCCACUGAAGUCAGUUACGACGCCGAACUGCAGUCAGGUCAAAAUGACAAGCACACAGAUGAGCUUCCCUGAGAUGGUUUCUGAUAGUUUGUGCAGAAAUCCUUUGGUUGUGCAAACCCACAGUUUUAUCAGCUGUCCGGGUGGCUCGUCUCAGAAAAUCCCGCAGGUGAGAAAGCCGGAUGUGGAGGUUCUGGGCUGACGUGGUUACACAUGGUCUGUGUUUUUUAGGCCGGUUGGAUGUACUGCCAAAUUCUGUAAAAUAACGUUGGAGACCGCUUAUGCUUAUUUCUCUGGCCACAUCUCUGGUGGACAUUCCUGCAGUCAGUAUGUGAAUUGCAUGCUCCCUCAACUUGAGACAUCUGUGACAAAACUGCACAUUUUAGUGGCUUUUUAAUGUCCCCAGUACAAGUUGCAGCUGUGGAAUGAUCAUGUUGUUUAAUCAGCUUCUUGAUAUGCCACACCUCAGGUGGAUGGAUUAUCUUGACAAAUGAGAAAAUCUCACUAACAGGGAUGUAAACAAAUUUGUGCACAAAAUUUGAGAGAAAUUAUCUUUUUGUCCGAAUUGAACAUUUCUGGGAAAUUUUAUUUCAGCUCAUGAAACAUGAGACCAACACUUUACAUGUUGCGUUUUAUAUUUUUUUAAGUAUAUUUUUAAAAGCACUUAGUUCACAUAAAAUAAACGGUACAGUCCCUAUAGACAGUAUACACCCCACUGUGAGGAUCAGUGGGAAAUGUAUGAUAAGUAACUAAUCUAAAUUGCAGGCUGUAAGGCAACAAAAAGUGAAAAGUGUGUAAUUUGGGUGUGUACUUUCUAUAGCCACUGUACUGCAGUACAGUUUUAUUUUUGUUGUAGUCCUCUAGUUCUCACUUCUCAGGAUAUCUCAAACAAACUUUCAAACAGUAUUCUUCUUGUAUGUUCUUGAGACAUACAUUUCUUCUGCUAUGACCAGCAUGUGAAUUAUUCAUACUUUAACACUGAAAUAUUGUUGAAUGAACGGAACUUGAUGUAACACUUAACUUAAAGCCGACAGGUAUAAUUCAUUAAGAUGCGGGUGAAAUGGGUUGUAAACUUGUUAUUGAUUUUAUUCAGAGCUCCAUUAGCUUUUGCCAAGCAGCAGCUAUUCUAUCUGGGGUCAACAAACACUGAUACACUGAUGGACAAGGACAGUCAAACUAAUUUAAAAUACAAAAAUAAAUAAUAGUAGUACAAACA